AAUUCCCUUUCCAAAAAGCGCGCAAUUCAAAAUGUCGUAUCCUAUUCUUUCAUACGAAGAGGCAAUUUCCAGUUUACGUCAAAUGUUUGACCUAAAUGUGUGCGAAGAGGAGCUCAGAAGACCCACAUCACAGUUUGUUAAGAAACUUAUGCUAGACCUUGCUACAACAUCUCUUGGCAUAUCAAGGGAACAAAUGAUGCAGCCACCUUUCAAGCUGGUCAGUAUGCUUCCUUAUCCAGAUAUUUUAGAGGAAGGAGCAUCGUUUAUAUACUACACAUUGAUUGUACAAAGAUUCCUCCAUUCAUGUUUGGUGAAAGAUUUUUCGAAAAAUGAUCUUACAGAUCCAAAACCAAAACGUACUUUGAACAUCAUAAGUGCUGUAGUAAACUACGAGAAGUUCAAAGGAACUCAGAAUCAACAUUUCGAUCGAGUGACCGAAAAGAAGGAAUCGGUAGCGGAACAAAAAAGGCUUCUUCAGGAAAGAAACAAGGAACUUAAGGGAAAAAUUGCAAAAAUCAAAGCGGCUCGCAGCGUUGACGAAGAAAAGAUACAGCAGGUUCAGCCGAUUGUAGAAGAUCUCAAGAAAGAAGUGAAUGACUUGAACAUAAAACAGGCAUCAGACGUGAAAUACACACAGCAAUUGAAAACGGAAAUUGCCGAGCAGACAUCGAGUCAGGCCGAGUUGAAGGUGCUGAUCGCAAACAACGUUGAAGAAUCGGAGAAGUUAAAGGCGAAAAUCGUAACAUCUCCCGAAAAGUUUCUUGGAGAACUCGAUCGGAUGAGCACCGCCAUCGAGACUUGCAAAUUGGUCAUCGAAGAGAAAAGUCGAAUACUUCACGAGAAAAAAUUUGAAGAAUCUCUCAACGUUGUUGAAGAUAAUUCUUGCACAGCUGAUCGGGUUAUCUCAUCAGUGCAAGAUGAAUUCGCAAAAUUGCAAAAUCGACAGAAAAAAUACCAAGAAAUACUGGAUGAGGCAGCCAUCAACAAUGAACAACUUGAACAUAUUAAUUUUGAACAAAAGAACGCCAAACGUCAGUUGACGAUGAUGAUAGAAAAAAAAGAUCGCAUGGAGCGAGUUUAUGAAAAGAAACUGGCUGCGAAAAGGGACGAGCUUGAAGUGAACAAAAAGGAUGUUGAGAUGUUGCAGAAAAAAGGAAAACAGCUUCAAGAACAAUCUUCGACAGAUGAAGAAUUACAAGAAGUGUUAGCGAAGAUAAAAGCAAUGGAGGAAGACUACGGCAUGAAAAAGAAUUUAGUGAAAGAGGUCUACGAGCAGAUGAUAACCUCGCUGAACAAUUAUCACGAAGGGCUUAGAAAUGGCGCACAUGCUGUGCUGAACGCUUUUUUCAGAUUCUGA